UAUUACCCAACACAAAAGCUUCAAACUUUGCUGUUGUUUUCUUUUCUCUACCAUUCCUCUUUCUUUAAGCAUAUUCUGAAGAAAACCCAUUUCCAAAGAGGAAUUCUAGAGUCCAAUUCUCCCUUCAAAACUCUUUCUUCCUAAGAAAAAAGAAAAGUACCAAACAAAAUGGAGGCAAUGAAGAUGAAAAUUUUUGUUGUGAUGAUGGUUGUUUUGAUGGCAUUGCAAAUGGCAGCAGCAGCUGAUGCACCAGCUCCAGCCCCAACCUCUGAUGCUACUACCCUCUUUGUUCCCACAUUCUUUGCAUCUUUGGUUGCUCUUGCUCUUGGGUUCUUCUUUUGAGCCAUAUUUUGAAAUUUCUCUAAAUAUGUAGCAUUUCUUUUCCCUACCCAUUUCUUUUUCCCUCUUUUGCAUUACAUUCUCAUUUGUACACUCUUAUUUUUUCUAUAUCCUUCAUGGGCAUGGGAGAAAGAGAGAGAGGGAGGGAAAGGAAUUGGUCAAGGACUUGUUUAGUAAGUAUGUUUGAUUUUGGGAUUAUAUAUAUAUUUUUUAAUUUAAUGGUGUGUGUGGUUUAAUUUUUAUGAGUUUGUAUUAUAUUUAGUGACUUUUAUAAUUCUUGUGCCAAUUUUCUUUUUAAUAAUGGGAUGUGGGUUUUGAGAAUUGAAGCUAUUAAGGGAUUUUAUGGGAAGAAUUAAUGAGAUCUUGUGGUUUAGAAGGGUGGAGCAUUUGAUCCAUUGAUGUAUUAUGAUGUAUCUUUUAUUAUUUUAAUCUCACUUUGUAUUUGUAAUUUAUUCUAGCAAUAAAUAUUGUUAUUGUAUUAA